GCUGCCAGCCCCGGUCCUGCUCCCGGGCCCCCCUCACCUCAGCGGGCCCCGCUCCUGCCCCGAGGGCCUCUCGUCCCGGUGUUUGUGCCAAAACAGUGCCAACCGUCGUCCGCUUUGAUUUUUUUCCCCAGAGUGUCUUGUGUUGCUUUCGUCCCGCAGCGUUUGGUCUCAGGCAGCGCUCGGGGUAGGGGCAGGCGGAGCGCGGGUGCCGGGCAGCUCCCGCCGUGCGGGCAGCGGGGAGCUCCUGAGAGACCAGGCUGCUGCUGUGAUGGAUAAAAUUAAACGGUGUCUUUUUUUAGGAUUAAAAAAAACCCCAGUCUGCACAACCAAUGGGUUAUUUUCCUGUGGUUGUCCGUUCACCCUGUUGUUACUAAAUUACUUCCUCAUAUUGCUCUUCAAAGACGUUUCCUCUGUGAGAUAAGGAAAGUUGUAUGAGCAGUGAUAUGGUUGUGCUAGUUAUGUGCUGAAUUUGUAUUUUAAAUUUAAGAAAAAUCUACAUUAUGAUCAGAGACUUGUCUGAAGAUUCUGUACCUCUCUCUGUGUGACGAUGUGAGGCAUAAGCUAAAUGUCUUUACUGCCUCAGGUCCUGUCAUUUUUAAGAACUAAGAGAUGCAGUGGUGUUUGUACUGAUAUUAUCAUAACAAUUGUGGUAAGAAGCAUAAUUGUUGAAGGUCAUGUAUUUGCCUGCUUGGUAUUUUUCAGCAGAGAAAAACAUUUUAAUAUGGUUUCGUUUUAGUAGCAGUCUGUGUUCUGCUAGUAGCAAACUAUUCAAUUGUUUGUUAUAUUAAUCUCUGUAUAUCUUUCUGAUUAUUGCCUUUGCUGAAAUGGCUGAAGAGUUAUCGUCACUCAUUAUGCUGAACAGUAAAGUCUUAUUUUACGUUAUGAAAGAGGGAUUGCUACUGUUUAGAUUUAAUUAUUCCCUUAAACCAGUGAGAUCUGACUUGUGUUCUUCACUGUAAAGUACCUUCAAAGUAAUGCCAAAGGCUGCUUUUCUUGAUAACAGCCUAAUUACAGGUGUUCUUUAAAUAUUUUGAAGUGAGAAGAAAUAUUAAAUUCUAAAUUAUGUCGUGGUAUACUUCAGUCUAUGCUACUUAAACUGAGGCAGCGAGAGGUUUUCUUUUCAGUAAGGCAGUGUUAGAUGGCUGUACUUCUUGAGAACUGUAUGUAUGAUAAAGUCAUGCAUAAUGACAUAUGUAUGAUAAACAGUCAUGCAUGAUGACAUACAGUGUAAUUUUUUACAACAAGCAAAAUACCUACUCCAUCACGAAGCCAUCAGCAGCCUUACGUACACGAUUCUUCACUUGAUCUGCAUAGGUUAACAUUUACAAGUUUGUAAUGUUAAAUCUACUUCUAGCCCAUAUUUGCUGUUAACAUUAAUUUUGAAAAUAUGAGAGUUUUCGUGUUCAUGACCUUUAGAGAAUUGCUGUCUGAUCAAUACGUUGAGUAUCUUUUUGCUAUGGCUUUAUAUUUCAGGACAUUUCAAAAAUAAAACCAAAAUAAAGCACAAAGUUAUGCUCAGCUAAUAAUGCUGAGUAACUUCUUUCUUCUGCAGUGCAGUGAAUGGGGAAAAUAAUAAUUAUUUCCUUUUGCCUGUAAUGAAAAAGUCUGUAGCUAUGUUGUAUGAGUUUUUAUUUGACAUUAUUUUUUCUUUUUAGCUAUAGCUUGAAUUUAAGUGGCUGCAGCUCCUGAAGCCUCAUAAUGAAUCCCCUUAUCUUUGGAAGUGUAACAGGACUCCUUUUUUUCUAGUUACUAAUUGUUCCAUAGGAUGUAGUUUUCGGAUGUUUACAGAAAAAUUGUACACCUUUAAGGUUCUGGGCCUCCCCAGGUUGUCCUUGGUCUCAAAUUAUUUUUUGCAGCAGUCACUGUAUUGCAGCAUCUUAGAUAAUUUACAUUUUUCUGAUUUAGUAAUGUUUCACAUAUCUUUAUUAUCAUCUGAGGCUCUUGAGAUACUAAUGUAGGUCUGAAAGUACUCCCACUAUCCCAGAGUUAUGUAGUCCCACCCACAGAUGAGGACUCCAGGAAGUAAUGUCAGGGAUUGCUUUUGGUGAUGUGGCAAAAAUGUUUCUGUUUAGAAUCCAUUUUAGUAUGUUUGUUUAGUUGAGCUUAAUUGAAAAGAGAAAUAAAGCUCUUAAAUUGGUAGCAGAAGCAUGUACUGAAAAAUAAUUCCCGUGGUUAAUUUUUUACCUGAGUUCAGAAUACUGGCCGCUUUACUAUACGUUUUUCCUCACACACAAAACUUUUCUGUGACUGCUAAGCUCUUCCUGCUCAAGAGAUAGAUAAAGUCAUGGAAUAAUUCUAGCAGCGGGGGCAGUGUUUUGGUUUAGGUGCUUAUGGUAGUUUUUUGUCUGUAACCACUUGCAUAGAGAGUCCUAAGCUUCCUCACUAUCUAGUUACUCACUAUUUAAAAAUCCUAAGCAGCUUUUCAAAAAAUAUUUAUUUUGGUUUUGUUCUUUGCCUUUAGAAACUGAGGUGACAGGAGGGUGGUGCUACAGUUCAUAUCUCUGCUUAGAUGUUAUAACUCAGCUCCUGCCUUCUCAAGGUGAAGAUGUCUAACAAGACUCAUUCCUACAUUUCUCAACCAUGUCAGAAGGGGACAGUAUUGGUGAGUCUGUUCAUGGAAAGCCUUCUGUGGUCUAUAGAUUUUUCUCAAGACUUGGACAGAUCUACCAAUCCUGGUUAGACAAAUCUACUCCAUAUACUGCAGUGCGAUGGAUUGUAACUUUGGGUCUGAGUUUUAUCUACAUGAUUAGAGUUUAUUUACUGCAGGGUUGGUACAUUGUGACAUAUGCCUUGGGAAUCUACCAUCUAAAUCUCUUCAUAGCUUUCUUGUCGCCAAAGGUAGACCCCUCUUUAAUGGAAGAUUCAGAUGAUGGUCCUUCCUUACCUACAAGGCAAAAUGAAGAAUUUCGGCCUUUCAUUAGAAGGCUCCCAGAGUUUAAAUUCUGGCACUCUGCCACUAAAGGAAUCCUGGUUGCUAUGGCAUGUACAUUCUUUGAGGCUUUCAACGUUCCUGUUUUUUGGCCAAUCCUUGUGAUGUACUUCAUUAUGCUAUUUUGUAUCACUAUGAAGAGGCAAAUCAAGCACAUGAUAAAGUACAGAUAUAUACCCUUCACACAUGGCAAGAGGAAAUACAAAGGGAAAGAAGAUGUGGGAAAGACCUUUGCUAGCUAGAAGAUGCAAUCAACCUGUUGACCAAUUCUACUUCUAACUAAAGGAACGAUUUUGAGCCAUUGUAACAAUGCCUUUUUUCUUCAUAAAAAAUGAUUAACAGAGUGGUGACAAAGCAGUUGAAUUUUCAUUUUAAGAGGAUCUUGCUAUUUUUAUCUGAAGUAUCAGUUUCUUGAAGAAACUGGCAUUCUAACCAAAUUGCAUUGAGUUUAUCUUUUGUAAGAAGUUGGAGAAACUUCGGAUAAUCCCAUGGAUUUGGGAUAACGUAUUUCUUACAGGAUCCAUUGCACUGGAGAGAUCAAUGGCUUAGAGUUGGAUAUUUUUACAUAGUUCUCCUGCUCAAUAUCACCGUGAAGUGCUGUGCACAUAUGUGGAGGAAAAAUGUAAGAUGGCACACAUGAUGCUGUUUUCUGCUUCAUGCCCGUGUGCUGUUUUCGUAGAAAAAUACAGUAGACCUAAAUAGAUGCAGAACUUAAGCCAGUUUCCUAAAUGCAUGGUAUUACUGAGUUAUAACCAAACAAAUAUAGGUAGGAAUAAGAAAUCUACUAAAUCAUGGGUUUUGCAGUAGGGAAAAAAUACUCAUAUAGCUUCUGAAGUAACUCAUUUGUGUUGGGUUUUAAUGCCAGUUUCACCAUUACAUCUCCGAGCAGAUGCUAAAAUUGGGCUCUUUCACGGUGACUCAAAACUUUGUUCAAAUUCUAUCACGAUUUCCUU